AUGCCACAUGCCACAUGCUACAAGCUACAGGCUACAGCAACAGUUGAUACUGAUGGGGCAGCGGCGGCGGCAGUCCAGCAAUCCCUUAGUGGGUUUCACACCGCUUGCCCCGGUUGUGAUCGGUCGGGGAGGCCAUGCAUUCGACCGAGAGUAGGGGAGCUCUGGCCAAAUAAUCUAGGUUAUCCCCGGCUUACGAGGGUCUGUCUGGUCUUAACACUGAAGCUGGGGGGCGGUGAGGUGACGGCGAAGGAAAGAACCCGUGUCCGCGUCCGAGAAAAGUGGCGCCCCAUGAGUCACUUUUCUUGGGAACCAAGCAAUGCCGAAGUGGUAGAGAAGCAAAUGGGCGAAGAGAGAAAACCCGCAGAGGCUUUUCGGGUUGGAUUUCUAAGCAGGAGUCACUGGCUUCCCCACUUGCAGCCUGAGGUUUGCACCGGCAGAACACCUCAGGCUUCACUUUUUGCCUUCUGCAGGGUUCUGUAG